ACUGCCUCCAUCCGCAACGCCCAACCAUCAAAGCAUGUCCAACUCAGCCCAGGCCUCAGGUAGUGGCAGCAAGCCAUCAGGCAAUGGUGGUGGCGUAGGUCCCUCACGCCGCACAUGGGAUGUAGAGGAGUAUGCGCAGCGCGCAAAGGAUCGUGAGAAGAGGGAGCGAGAGCACAUGGAGUUGAAUGAGCAGAGGGCAAAGAAGGGCUUGAAACCCCUUCCCCGCCGCAGGCACGAGGACCUCCCUGCUCCAACGGAAUCCCUUCAGGCUCGCUCUACCGCCCUCGACCUAGACAAGAAUGUAGGCAAGACGAUGAUCGUAGAACAAGUAGGGCGUCGAGGGCCUGGCUACUACUGCGAGCUGUGUAGGAAGACGUGCAAGGACAGCAUCGGUUAUCUGGAUCAUGUGAAUGGGAGGAGUCAUCUUCGUCGCCUAGGCCAGAAGACGCAAGUAGACCGCUCGACCCCGCAAGCGGUUCGAGCUCGCAUUGAACAUCAUCGCUCUCGCCUCGUAGCAGCCGGUGGCGCAGGAAAGCGGGAGUAUGACUUUGCCGCCAGGGUAGAGGAGAUAGCGAGGAAGGAGCGCGAGGAAAAAGAGAGAAAGAGGGAAGAGAAGAGGGAGAGAAAGAGACAGAAGAGGGAAGAGGAGACGGGAGGGGCUAAUGGCGUUGAUGCGGGAGGGGGAGGAGGGGAGGAUGCAGCCAUGAUGGCUAUGAUGGGUUUUGGAGGAUUUGGGAGCUCAAAGAAGUAAGGGAGCAUCGAAGAAGCAUGAAAGGCAACUGUAAUUGUAUCCUUACAUCCGCAUU